UUACAUUUCCAACUCAACCGUAUGCUCUGAGUUUUGACAGUUCGGCGAAAUUUUCCAUUAUCCGUUCAGAUUUUACCUUUAGACUUACUUACAAACCUAUUUGUGAUGUUGUCAACGUAUCAUUCCAAUUUUGGUAACUGUAAAACAUUCAUUCUAAUGCUCUCAUUCAGUGUGAGAGUGUUACGGUGUAACCUUAAAAUGAGUUAUUCCUCCGCUCUCUUUUGUCUGUAAAAGGAAGAGUAUCUUAAUUCCUACCCUUUUUUAUCUCGUUAUGGCUCGUAUGGUGAUGGAUAGCUCCACCUCUAGUGAGCCGCUCACCCCUGGUUCGGUACUGUCCAAGAGUCACUCUCUGCUAACCACCAUCUCUGUGAUAGCAUCAUACUUCGUGUUGUCUAUCAGCCUCAUCUAUUACCAAAAAUGGCUUAUUGCGCGAUGCAAAUUUCCCCUAAGUAUAGUGACAGUUCACAUCAUCUUGAAGUUUUUUUUAAGUGCUAUCUUCAGAAAGCUGUGGGAAAUAAUCACCUCAAGGAAGCGAAAAUCUCUCAGUUGGCAGAAUUCUAUCCUUAAAAUUGCACCAGUUGGUGUUACUAGUGGUCUGGACAUAGGGUUCUCUAAUUGGAGUCUAGAAUUUAUUGCUGUUUCUUUGUAUGCAAUGACUAAAUCCACAUCUGUCAUCUUCAUCCUUUUUUUCGCUCUUUUACUACAUCUUGAGGAAAAGUCAUGGUCGAUUGUCUUGAUUGUUAUGAUGAUAUCAGGAGGCCUAGCCAUGUUCACUUACCAUUCAGCUGAAUUUCACUUUAUUGGCUUCAUCCUUGCUUUACUUGGCUCUAUCUCAAGUGGGGUUCGAUGGACACUGUCUCAGUUCUUAAUGCAAAGAAGUGAAAUGGGCCUCAAAAAUCCACUUGACAUGAUGUACCAUGUGCAGCCAUGGAUUUUUGUGUCAAUUAUUCCUUUGAUGUUAUUAUUUGAAGGUGAGAAGCUGUAUGCCCUGUGUGGAUCAAAUCUGGAUUGGAUGUUGAUUGGUGAAAUCUUAGGCAGUUCAUUAAUAGCUUUCACAAUGGAGGUCACCGAAUAUUUAGUUGUUGUUUGCUGUUCCAGUCUAACUCUGUCCAUCACUGGUGUCGUGAAAGAAAUUACCACUGUUGCCCUGGAUUUGGAACGCAAUACUUUCGACAUGACUCUGACAAAUUAUCUUGGGCUAAUUAGCUGUAUACUAGGGGUCAUAAGUCAUAUGGUGCAUAAGAUUUCAUCACAAAAGGACCCAAGCACUCUUCAGUCAAAAAUGCACGACGAAGCUGCGAUGAAAUUCCUCUCAGGUGACAGCUUCAGUAGCGAGGAUGAAUCUGGAAGAGAUUCACCUUCAGUUGUUCUCUUUAGCAUUUUACAAAGUCGUGAUGAUAACAUAGGCAUGGUUAAUUAAGGUCAGUAAUGUUAAUAAAUCAGGAGCUACAAGUUUAAUUAAGAAAAACUGUCAUCGGUGAAAAUGGUACUUCUCACCGUGGUCAGGAAAACCUGAAAUGGAAACAAUAUCUUUCCGUCUCUCUUAAUAUUCACUGCCAAAUCUUUCAGGCAUCUCAGAGCUAUUCUUGAUUAUUUUCAUCACUCCUUUUCAGUGAUUAUUAUUUCCUUGUUAUCGUAAAUUAUGAAAAAAUAUAGCAUAGCUCUAUAUGAAAGUAUGUUUCAAGCAAGAGGUCAAGUUCUCAUUGUGUCUUGCCUGAUUUGAUAAGAAUUUUUUGAAGUUAUUUUGAUAUUAAAUAAAGGAGGCCGCUUCUGUAAGUUUAUUUCAGAGAAGAAGGGCUGAUAGAAAAAAAUUCAAAAUAUUCUAUUCUCUUUUCCCCUAUUUCUGGACUUGUAUUUGAAUCACAAACUGGUAUGAAAUGGAUUUUUUUCCUCUUUAAUAUCAAAAGAGAGAUAGAAAUCAAUAACUCAUUAUGAUUUAAAAGAAUGCAAUAUUUGUGUGCAUACAAGCAUGAGAUUCUUGCAUUUGCAGAUAUGCUCGAAAUGCCUGCAAGUCGCAAUUUUCAAUAUUGCACCAUUGAAUUUAAGGAAACUUAUGGGGAUUUUUAUUUUGAACUCGGUACAAAUCCUAAAAUUGAUCAUACCUUGAUAGAUCUCCUUGAGGGACCAAUGAGUUGAUAUGUGAAAAAUAUAGGUCUCAUUUUCAUCAGUUUUUAUACACAUCAGGUGAUUCAGGGCUGUAUUUUUAGACAUUCUCUAAGCAGCUCCUUUCCUUAAAAAACCUCUUAUGGUUUACAUGGUGAUCAACGGAGGUUUAAUGAUGUCCCUGAGGGACAUCAUAAAAAGGACAAUUUUAACGAAGCUCUAUUAAAAUUCAAUAGUAUAAUUAUGAAAAUAGACCCUAGCAAGGGAUCAAAAUGAUUUUCAUCCAUAAGAAAUUAAAAAUACCAAAUAUAAAAAUGUUGAGCACUUUUAGGAAGGCUCAUAGCUACCUUAUAAAAACCAUAUAAUUUUGUCCUCUGCAUUUUUAAUUUUCAGCAGUACAUAGAAAACCGUUCUAACCCUUUGCAAGAGGAUAUUUCUAAAGUUGCACCUUAAAAUUUUACUCAAAAUUCGUCAAAAUUGUUAUUUUUAUGAUGCUAUGUUAAGGAUCUCCUUUAACCUCCCUUAUAAUCGCAAUAUAAAAUAUACGGGGCUUUUUGAGCAAAGCAGCUGUGCAUAUGAACAAGGCCUUGAAAGAAAGUAUUCCUGUACAAAUUUUUAGAUACUCUGAGCUCUGAAAUCAAUUCAAGGGACACAACUUAAGUCACAAGUCUUGAUCAAUGAAUAAACUUACUGUCUUAUUCAUUGAAUAAUUGAUUCAUCAGUUAUUAUGCUUCUCAUCUUAACCAGGCGCUUACUUAUGGAUGUAAGUUACUUUGCUUCAAACCUAGUCACUCAUAUUUUGCAAGUAUUGUAACAGGAAGAUUUUAAACAGUGCUUGUAUGGUAAAGAAUUUUGUGUUUUAAGCACUGUAACUACAUAUUAAUGUUUCAUGUGCCUCAAUCGGUAUAAUUCAAUUGAAUUUGUUCGUGAAGGAGACCCUCAGAUGGUCUUUUAGAAUAAGUGUAGUUGCAGUGAAAAUGCUAUCUUUUAAAUCAUUCUUGUCAUUCCAACAGUUACUUAAGAUAGGUUUUGUAUAAUUAUAGCCUGCUCGACGAAAUGAAGCAACAUUCGAGAAUGGUUAGCAGGACAGCCAAAAAAUUUUGAGUUCCUUUUUCUUUUCAAGUUCAAGAAUUCCAAAAUAGGAGUUCCUGGACUUCCUGGCGAUACCAUUUACACCCUCUGCUGAUUACUAUCAGCAGUCAGAUUUCUUUGCGCAGGCUAUAAACUUUACCAAGUGUUUUGCACCCUCAAAAUGCAUGAUGAGAGAUUCUUAAAACGAUGUCAAACAUGGAAGAUGAACUUUUUAAAUCAAUCUUUCCCUUUUUUUUUGUUAAAAAAGGAUUUAGCUUUCAUUUAAAAAAGAAUUUUUCAAGAUUUUCUUCUCUAAAAGUGUUUCAGUCUUUGACAAAAAUGUAAAAGUCCCUACAUUAAAGGUUUUUUCCUAAUCAGCUGAACUUGCAAAUAGAGUUUCUCUUUAAAAUGUUUUCAAUCUUGAAAAUUGAUAAACUUGGCUUUUUUCCUACUUAGAGGUCUUUCAAAUUUCUACCAUUUUUAUGUCAAGUGAAAUCCUCUUCUAUAGCUUAUCAUGUUUGAUACUGUAAAAAUCCCUUUUUGCAUUGGGGCAAUUUCCUGAAAAAUACUUGAUCUCAACAGAAAUUCCUUCUGUGGGAUAAGAUAUUCAGCUUUUAUUAGCUUUCAUUUUUAUUUUUAUUAAUUACAACAUUAUUGUAUGCUUCUAUUUAUGUUCGUGUCUAUAUCAUCUCAUGAUCUUAAAAUUAGAUUCAUGUCAGACCAUUUACCACGACCAGAUGAAGAUUUCAUGUGUGUGAUAAAAAUGUAAAUAAAUUAAACCCUUACGCCGUUAUAAAACUGUUGCGUAGCCAGGACUGAUAGAAGUGGCACAUAUGGAGGACCAUGAUGCAACAUUUUUAAACUCUAGUCAAUUUUACGAAAAUUUUAAAAAUUGAUUUUAUUCAUUUAAUGUAAAGAUAUCUGUUGUGUUCUCUCAUCGGAUUUCCCUCAUUUCUCACUACACACUAAGAUGAGUGAGAAACCCAUUGAUGUGAAAAAUCCCCUCAUCAAAAAUUUUCCUCAAUCCUUAAAAGGUUGCUUCUUAAAGUCAAUUUUAUCUGAUCUACUGAACAAAGUUUUAAACCUAUUGGGAGGUUUGGCUCAAAUAUAUCCUACUUUUUAUUCGUAGGAUUGAAAGAGUUUUGUACCCAAGUGUUAUAGUUUGCUAAAAGUUCGGUAAGAUCUAACGAUUAAGAUCUGAUUCUCUAUACUUUUUAAGCAUUUGUAGUGUUACUUUACACUGAUUAAUCAUUCUCUGUUUUACUUAGUCAAGCUAAAGAUGGUAUCAUUUCUAACUUACACUUGGAAUUGAAGUCUCUCUGAAAAUCCACCAUUGGAUUUAAACAUAUCCACCAAUUUUUUAUGCAACAUUUGAACUGUGAGUGAUCAAAAUUGGAGGCUUUUAUAUAGCCCGAAGUAUUUUGAGAAGUUAUUUAGAAGGUAGAAAUGGGCCAGUAGAAAUUGUUUCAUUAAAACAACGAAGUUAUAUUUACACAUUACCGUUCUAAUAUUUCGAGAAACAAGUGGAGAACAAAAAACUCAGCUCAGCUCAGAUCAGCUCACUCAAAACCUUUAAAAAAAUCCUCUCAUAAUUAGCCUAGAACUGUGCACAUAGAGAAAUUUAUUCUAGUUGGCAGUUCAGAGUUUAUGCCUGUCUGCCUAGCAGUUCCGGUCUGGAAAGGUCGCAGAAACGUUUUUAAACUGAGUUUUGCAACUUUCAGGAACCAUUGCGGUGCAGGCGUAUUCUUACUUUUUCCAAAAAACUUUAUUGCAUUAAGACUGACCAUUUUUUUAUUAUUUUUAUUCAGAUGUCAAUUUAUUUGGGGUUUUUUCACAAAUCUUCAAUUUAGCUUACCACUGGGCCUUGUAAAUCUUUGUAUUCUAGAAUUAUUUUUGUAAUACUAUGCGCUCAUAGAAAUUCAGCUUUUAUUCUUCAAUGUGUAUCUGUCUAAUUAAUCUGCAUUCAAAGUAUGCAGCCGUAUUUGCAAUUAAAAUUAUCACGCCAUGUCUCCAUUUUUGUUAGUUUGAGGUAUGAGGGAAAAAUUCUCUGUUCACCAUUGCUGGCAGUUUCAUCUAUGACUUGAGGAAACUGGAUCUCUCAUCGCUUGUCAGAACUAUUUUUUGUGCCUGAGGCCCGCACUCAAGGAGUGUCUAAAAUUCAGCUAAUACAGAUCCUUUAUGAUUAAAAUCAGCAUAGCAUUCAAAGUGGCUGGAUAUUACAAAUUUUGACGAACCGAAGAUGUAACCCUAGCCAUUAGAAAGUUUGAUAAAAAUGGAAAUUAUGCACUAACAGUUACUGUCCACAAUUUUUGCCAGAUUCAUUUUCCUCUAUUGGCUGACAAUGAAGCACUAGGAAACUCCAAGUAUUUUUACUUUUUUUUGUGUGCUUUGAAGCGGGGAGAAAAUCAUUUUAAGGCAACUUCUGUUCCUGCCGUCUCUACCCGUCGCAAGCAACCAACAAAGAUAGGGGUCAUAACCGCAAGUACCCAGCAUUGACAGGGAUUGAGGCAUGCUCGAUGUUCAGCAGUGGGCAAGUGGGCUCAGACCCUGACUCCAAACCCUUGCCGACCACAAAGGUCGGCAGUUCUUCUAGUAAAAUUCCUGAUCAAUUGAAGGACAAUCCAAGUUAAAAAUUGCUGCUUGCAAAGCAUCACAAGAGAACACAGGUCUGUCAGCAUGAGAGAAUGAUUCCCUUUCAACUUAUGUUUCCUCAUUGAACAGUGUCCCAUUUCAGUAAGGAAAUACUAGUCUUGAUCAGGGGUGCAAAUAUUUCUUCAGAGUAAAAAUUAGUUGUACUCUCAGUCUCAAAAUUUCUUCAUUAAAUAGGCAGAAAUGUGAACGAGUAUGCGCUUACCCAAAAAAUUUUAAAAUGUGUGCCUUUUCCUUUUUUUUUCACUAAAAAUUACAGAUUCUCAUCAAAGAUUCCCGCUUGCAAUGGCCGAACUGAGGCUGGCAUGCUCAAGCAUUUUUUGCACCCUUGGUAAAGAUAAGAUAGGGCUCAAAUAAUUGAGAGUCCACAGCUAUUUCAUUCAUUCAGAAAUGUAUGUUUUGGUUCUUUGGCUGAUGCCGAACCUUGCAACACGUCAGCAAAACCCUUUACUCUAAGUCUGUUCUAAUUGUUUUCUUUUUUGUUGAUCAAUUUGUUUAACUUUGAAUGUACCAAAUCUUUUGGUUUGUUUUUGUUUUGUACAAGUAGUUUUAAUUUUUUUUGUUUAAUUUGCUGUUGAGUAUGAUUAAUUGAGGAGGUGACUGCAAAAAAGCAUGUGUGAAAAGUGUGUGUUAUACAAAUAGAAAUAAUUCAUAAAUCUUAAUGCAACUCUUCCUCAACAUGGGCUCUAAUUAUGAAAACGCAAAAAAAAUCAUUUGUAUUCCCCAAAAUGUAAAAAGUUAUCGACAAUUUCAAGCUUGAUUUGAAGUUUUUUACUCAAAGCAAAGAUGCCACUUACAGGCUUUUUUUGCAGCUACCACUUCAAUUAUUAGCUGAUGUUAGAAAUUUAGGAGAGUUUCUAUUCAACUGCGUGAGUAGAUUAUUAAGGCUGAAUUGUGUCUACUUUGCUCCUGUACUUUUACCAUCUCUCAGAAAACAAGAAUGCUCUUUGGGAGUUAUGUAUGCUCUGCCAAUAUUUUUCCCCUGUAAUAAUGUGCAAAAUGGCUACCGGAUUAAAAUAAACUUUCAUUUUUUCCCUCCAUGCAUUCCACUUUUCUUCAAGAAGAAAAAUCGGGGAAGUUGGAAGCCAUUGCUCGACUUUUACAUUUGUUUGAUUUGAUUCAUUAUUUUUGAUUGUUAUUUCUAUAAUUACUCAGAGUAUUUACUUCCUUUCAUCUACAAUGGCAGCUCACAUACAUAACUCCAAAAGGAGCAUUUAAAUAUUAGCUUCGCAAAGAUCCCACCUAUCAGAAAGUACUAGUAAGUCUAGGUAUGUGGAUAUAUCAAUGUCAAAACUUUCAAACCAAAAAUCUCAUCAGUGGUGCUUUAAAAUCUCUGCUCCUACGUUAUUUUUUAAAGAACAAAUCAACAUCAUUCUUUGAAGUUUUCAGAAGUUUCUUUCCAAAGAAAAGAAAAAUCACCGAAGUUUUUAAGAGUUGAUGUUGAAUACACGGGUCUGCACAACACUGCAAACCAAGAUACAGGAUUUGGGAGUUUCACCGUCGAUACAUUACUCGUUUUCACAACAACCAAGAAUAAUUCUUACUACCUCACUUAAUGUCCUUGCUUAAAAAAGGAAACAAGUUUAAAGAGUGUAUUAGAACAUCAUCUUUGUUUCAAGCUUAUUUGAUUGAUGAUGCUUCCUUGAAAGAAUUAUUAUUUUAAGCAGUCAAAAACCAUUUCUGAAAUGUUUAUUACUGACCCGUGUAGCUGAGUUUUCAAAAAUAAGAAUUUGACAGAGAUGAAUGGCAAUUACGUAGCUAUCAAAAAUUAAAGAUAAAAAUAGUCAAAAAUAGCGAUAUUACAGCGAAAAUUAUUGCAUUCAAAUACCUAGCUGUUUUGUAUUCAAAAUUCGUAGAAGACUAUUUACAGCAGGUUUGUACUUCCCAUUUAGUUUAAUACUGCCAUCUAGUAGAAGUUCAUAGCAAUAAAGAGACAAAAUAUUGACCAUAAAAUAAUAGCUUUUAUCACUGUCAAUCUUGAAAUUCUGCUAAGUGGGGAGGCUUUGAACUCCUGUAGAUCCAUGCAGAAUCUUCAUCUGCAGUACAGAGACAAAGCACAGCAGACUCACACAGGGAAAAAGCAAGCAGUCACAUUUAAAUGUUUAGAAGCCUUUAUUAAAGUGCUUUGUAAAGUAACUUAUUGUCAGUCUUGAAGGCACUCAGCUAUUUCCUUAUGUAAAAGAAUCAUUAAAGUAUGAUAACUUUUCCGUGAUAAUACGAUAUUGCAUUUAUAAUCAACUUUAAGUAUGCAUUUUUGUAAAGUAAAUUAUGUUUUGUCACCUGAA